AUGCCGCGCAAUAGGGUCCUCUCGUUUAUGUCAGCCUUUGGAGCACCCAAAUCACCUCAAUCUACCACUUUCUCGGGUCCGCAAGAGAAAGGUUCUCAAUUGAAGCAAGAGCAGCAGGAUGUCACCCAUACAUCCUCUCCACAGCAUACUGCAGCUCCAUCGAGAGACUCUCCGCCUCCCAGGACCAGAACAGAGCGUGCCUCAUCGAGGCCCAUGUCAAUGGUCCAAACAUAUCAGCCUCCGUUGAUGGAAGUUGGCCAAGACACAGUCCCGGAGCUUCAGCCAAUCUUCACCUUCCUGAAUAGCCAUGCCAACAAACUGUAUCAAGAAGGCUACUUCUUGAAAUUGAAUGAUCUUGACACACGUAAGAUUGAAACACUGCCCACCAGGUCUUCCGACGUCCAGCCUCUCCAAAACGUGCUAAGUAUAUCUACGGCUGGAAAGAACAGGUACCUUUUCCAUUUCAAUUCUUUGCAUUCCCUCACGCAAUGGACUGCUGCUAUUCGGCUUGCUAUGUACGAGAAUGCGACUCUACAAGAAGCAUAUACCGGAUCGUUGAUAGCCGGGAAGGGUAAGCUGCUCAACAAUAUCAAAGUGAUCAUGGAGAAAACCAAGUUCAAGAAUGAGGACUGGACACGGGUGCGCUUUGGAGCUGGCACACCAUGGAGACGCUGCUGGUGUGUUAUAUCGCCACCUGAUGAGAAGGAGGUAUCAAAGCAACAGAAACGUCUCAAGAAAUCCGCAUAUGAGCGCUCCCAGCCACUGAAAGGGACCAUCAAGUUCUAUGACACGAAGAAAACAAAGAAAGCUACGCCGAUCGCGACUAUCAAUGAAGCAUACUCAGCAUAUGCCAUAUACCCUCAGUCGAAGCCCCUCAUCGACCAAUCAACCCUCAUCAAAGUUGAAGGAAUAAUUACAAUCCAUUCUACUCCAGAUAUAACGACCGAGGGGUUUAUAUUCGUCAUGCCCGAAGUGCACCCUGCCGUUAGCGGCUUUGAGAUGAUGCUUCGCUUUCUCUUUCCUACCUACGACAUCUUUGCGUUGUACGGUCGCCCUAACCGACUGAUAGCGGACACACUCGACCCUCGGAGUCUGAUGUUCGCAUUGCCACAAGAGAGACGCUAUGGAUAUCUUGAGAUAUUGGACGUGGCUAGUCUCAUACAUGAGAAGGGAAGUCAGGCCUGGGCGGAGAAGGAAUGGCGCAAGAAGAUGAAAGACCUGACGUCUGCUCGCAUGACUAGGAUGACCACCAACGGAAGGCCAAGAAGUCGAGCUAGUAGCUAUAGAGACUACAGAAAUAGCUUGCCACCUUCGAGAGGAAUAGCCAUCCGAUAUGAAGACGGCGCCUCUAUCAAAUCCACACCUUCCCUCAGGGAUGAUGUUCCCCCAAUGCCACCACCUCACACUAAUUCAGCACCGCCGAAUGGAGAACCAUUUGAACCGCCUCAGCCUCUCACUCCUCGACGACCACAGCCGCAACAUCAACGAUCCUUUUCUCAAGAAUAUCCUGCUUCGGAGCCGCGCUAUCGCCGAUCUCAGCGGCAACGGGAUGAUCAGAGCUAUACUCCAUCUAGGCUUUCUUAUGAACAGUCAAGACCAUCUUAUGAGGGACAAAGAUCUGGCAGACCGUCAUACGAACAAGCUCCACCAAUGCCAUCCCGGGCGCAUGAACAACCACCUCCGGCGCCACCCGCACACGGAGUGCCAUUGGGCAUCGCUGCUCAGAAAGCUCAGAUGCAACAGCGCUACGAGCAAGAGCUUGAGGGUACUAAUGACCGGAGCAGCUCUGAAAGUAGUGAUCGAAGAUAUGGCAUUCCUGGGACUAACAGCUCGCGAGAUCUUAAUCAAGACCUACAGCCAUCAGCUCCGCCCACUCAAGUCGCCCCUCCGCCCGCUUUCUCCCAUGAACCAGGUGCAAAACCGCAAAAGAGGCCUGGCAUCUCGCCAGAUCUUCGUCGUGCCAAUAGCAGGCUUUCUGUGACCACUUUGCAGCAACUCGCAGAGGCUGGGAAGAACUCAACGGUUGGAGGGACGGCUGCUGCUGCAGGUGCAGCUGCCGCUUGGCGAAGUAAUAGCGGCUCGCAGAAAAGUGUGAAGUUGUCGGAGGAUCAAGGACAGCGCGGGGUAAAUCACCAUACCGCCAGCAAGCCCGGUUACACUGCUGACCGUUCACCUUCUGCUCAAGGCAUGGUACCAGUGAACCCUGGAUAUAUUUCCUCAAGUACUACAGCUUCGCGCAGUGCUUCCGCCUCGUCAAGUCAAGUUGACGUCCUCUCGCCGCCAUAUUACAAAGACAAGCCCUUAAUGAACUCCUACGACCUGCUCACACCCGUCGAUUCACUUUCCCGCCAGCCAUCUCCUUUGUCACAAUCAGUAAUACCUUCUCCACCUCCAAGGGACUCCUCAAUACAGAAAACUCUAAAUAGCCAAAAUACCUAUCAGACUCAGCCAAAUACCCUUCAAAAGCUGCCACCUAUACCAGCUGACACGCAGCGACCGUCAACUGCUCGAUCGACCUCGAGCUACAGCAUCAAGAGGAAGCCUGUCCCCUCGACUAGAACAUCAUCAGCAUCUCGUUCACCCCCAAAGCAACGAUCCCCCACCCGUGAUGGGGCUGAGCCAGAGCCACCACUUCCAGGAUCAAGGCCAAGUUUAGAUAGCUUGCAUGACCGUUAUAUCGACGAAGACGCUUUGGCUCAAGUACUGGCUCAGCAGCACUUGGGCUCCUUGAACAGCGAAUCUCAAGUGGGGAGACAGGAUGACGAGAGUAGUAUAUAUGACAAUGCUUCGACAGUAUCUCCUGAUUAUGCGAGUACGCGCAAGUCGACCGAGACGAAGAGGUCGCAACGCUCUGUAGAGCGUCCUCGAAGAGGGGUCUUAAAGACAGUCGGUACUGCAGAGCCCGAAGCGCCGAUACCAGUUCAGAUUGGUGAUGCCCAGUACCGACCAGGAACUAGCUCAGAGUCGCAGGUCACCUCCGUCAUUCCAACCGUUGACUUUGGACCCACACAAUUGUAUAAGCCUGAUGUGGACAGCCGACCGGAUACGAGUGGAACGCUCACACAGCCUUCACAUGAAAGAUCUAAGUCUCAGGAUAGACUGACGCUUACCCCCAGCCCAAUAAUUGAAAGUUCCGGAAAUGAACAAUCUUCCAAUGAGUAUUAUCCAGGCCCAAAUACUCGUACUCAUGAAAAGCCUCCGACCCGAAAUCUCGUAACUCCUGAGCCACAAUUACGCGGCCCGUCUCCUACAAAUGACAAUAGGAGAAGUAUGGUGUGGCAGCCCGGAGCACAGAUCGGGGGUAGUCCUGGUUCUAGGACGUCAAUCACGCCCGAGCAGUUCGUGCAGCAGAGGGCGGCCGCUGGCCGUAUCACCACGCCUGUUUACGCACAUGGACGCCAAACAUCAGCUUCACCGACUCCCCCUAUUGCCUCAAGGCAGUCAUCAGGGGAAGUGCAGAAUCAAACGAAAGCUCGGAACAAGUUGCAGAAACGGCAAUCCUCAUACGGUCCGGAAAUGGCGCCGCGUCCCCAUUCUCGAGCGGCUUCUAAUUUGAUCAAUGCGGCAGCGGAGCCGACCAGACUCCAGAAGCGACAAUCAUCCUAUGGCAAUGACAUCCCAUCUCGACCUCACUCAAGAACAGCCUCAAACCUUAUGACUGGAUCUGGGGACUACCCAACUCAUUUGUCUGCCCGAGAACAAGAGCACGUUGCCCGCUUGACAGGCUCACCGUUGAUCAACAUGGCCGGGGGUAAGGGCCAGGACUCCAAUUCUCAGGGCGGCGGUCUCAUCGGCGCCAUAGAGGCUCGAGAGAAAGAGAAAAAGGAUAUCAAGGAGGGUCUUAGCGGCCAAGCAGUGCAGCAAGCAAUUGCUCAGCGGCAAUACUACCCUCCACAACAGAGACAGAUGUCCUAUGGUACUCCAUCACCGCAAUUCGCAACUCCGCAGCCGCAUUAUGCUAUGCCUGGUGGCUACCCUCCCUCUCCAGGCACGUAUCCGCCAUAUGCAAAUCAGCAACAGCAAUAUGGCUGGACUACUCCUCCUCAACAACAGCAACCACAGCCCCAGCAGCAGUAUCAGCAAUAUCAACAACAGCCGCAAUUCUACCAGCAGCAGCAAUGGACCCCACCAAGUGCAGGGCAACUUGUUGGGACGCCACAACGUUCCCCCUAUCCACAACAACAGGCUCCCCAACAAUUCUACCCAAAUGGCAAUCAGCACAACCAAUAUCAACAAGGCCAUUAUGGCUAUUUUGGAAGCGGCUCGGGGAGAUAG